AACACUCUGGUACAAUAGGUGGCGGCAAGCACCUUUAACGUUGGUAGUCCGCCAGUAAAAUCAAAGAACUGCGUCACCAAGCGAAUAUUAAGGAAUGGCACUCGAAUCGAGAUUACAGAAAGUUUCAGUUUCAUUUCUUCAGUAAUCAGAAAAUUACAGGGAAGCGAGCAAGUGGAAGGGUAGCCAGCAGAUCUCUGAUGAAAAUGUCUACUGCCAACCGUAUCACCAGGACUAUCUGUCAAAAUGAAGGCUCUAUGGAGUAUGGACUGCUUGAACAAACUAUCCGGCGAACUGUCACCACUUCUGACAUUUCGUGUUUCUUGAGAGACACCUGCAAGUUUGUUAUUAUUGAAGGAAAAGAAAAAUGCUCCGCGACCAGUGCCGUGAGCGCAAACAGCUUGAUCAUAGCAAAGACAUCACUAAGGAUUUGCAAAAAACAGCCCGGCGACUGUGUCAGCUGUGAAGAUUUACAUCUGUGCAAAUAUCUUGUGUGCGGCAGCUGCAAGUACGGGAACAAGUGCAAAAAAUCCCACGACUUGGACUCGGCCAACAACAGAGCGGCCUGCGCCAGACACGGCCUGCAGGACCUGGGGGCUGCAGAGCUGUUCGCCCUGCUGCUGCAGAAUGACCCGUCUCUACUGCCGGAGGUGUGCUCGCAUUACAACAAGGGCAACGGUGAGCAUGGCUCCUGCAAGUUCGAGGAGAGCUGCAAGGGCCUGCACGUGUGCCAGCACUUCCUGCAGGGCGACUGCACGUUCGGGGACCAGUGCAAGCGGGCGCACGCCUUCGACGCCGCUGCCAGCGAGAUCCUGAAGCGCCGGGGCGCCAGCCCGGAGAACGCCGGCGGCCUGUACAAGGCAUACCGGAACAUGUUCGCCAUCGCCGGGCACGCGCACAGCCCUGCGGCAGGCCGCCCCAAGGCCGCCGCGGCUCCUGCGCCCGCCGCCGCCGCCGCCGCCGCCGCCGCUGCCGCCCCGCCGCCGCCGACAAGGGAGCGCUCCCGCCAGCCCUCCGUCCCCUCCGCCAGCGAGGCCGACAGCAGCGAGAUCUGCCUGUUCUUCCUCCGCCGCCACUGCAGUUUCAAAGAGAAGUGUAUUCGGGUUCACUACCACCUGCCCUACAGAUGGCAGAUCUAUCAGUGGGCUGGAACCACCUGGAAGGAUCUGGUGGACAUGGAGGAUGUUGAGCAAGCCUACUGUAACCCUGCGAACAAUGCAAGUAAGGGGAUUUCUCAGGUGGAUUUCCUCGCCAUGACGAGCAGAUCCUCCAAAGUGCGCCGCCUCUCCACCGUCUCCUCCGUCACCAAGCCCCCCAACUUCAUCCUCACCACCGACUGGCUGUGGUACUGGAAGAGUGACAAGGGGAAGUGGUUCAAGUUUGGCUCUGAGGGCGAUUCGAAAGCGAGGUCCUCCAUCACAUCCCUGACUCUAGAGAACGCUUACCUGGCCGACACCAAGGGGGAGAUCUCCUUCACCGCUGGCAGUCAGCAGUACUUGCUCAGCUUCAAAGACAUGACUCAGCGAAACCUAAAAUAUAACACCAAGAGAGAGGUUCGAAGGCGGCCGUGGUUCCUUUCCAUUGAAGACGUGGAGAAAAAGCUGAAGAGCGGGACUCCAGAAGCUUCCGGCUCCUCUGCUGCCAGCGUUCCAAAGCACUGGGACCAGGAAGCCCUGCCUGAAUUUCACUACAAGCUCAUUCUCCUGUUGGCCACAUCCAUGGAGUUCCAGGAGGUGGACCAGCAGUUCAAGCAGACCAUGCCCAAGAGCACUGUGCACAGCAUCCAGAGGAUCCAGAACCCCUGCCUGUACAAGUUCUUCCAGUGGCAGGAGGAGAAGAUGCGAAACAAGAAUGGAGGCCGGCCUGUAGACCAGCGGCUCCUGUUCCACGGCACUAAGCAGUCCCUCAUCGAGACCAUCUGCGAGCAGAACUUUGACUGGAGGAUCUGCGGCACCCACGGGACCGCCUAUGGCAAAGGAAGUUACUUUGCCAGGGACGCCAAGUACUCGGACCGGUUCUCCAAGUCCAGCGGCCAGACGAAGACCAUGUUCGCCGUGCAGGUCCUGGUCGGGGAGUACGCACAAGGGAAAAGCAGCUACCUCCGCCCACCCGAGAAAGCCAGCGGCCAGGACUUCGACAGCUGCGUCAACUCAAUGAAAGACCCUACUAUUUUCGUCGUCUUUGAGAAAUACCAGAUCUACCCGGAGUACAUUAUCGAGUACAGUACUUGAUCCUGAAGUAAAGAGUCGCACCGUAGACCCGAAAUUCAACUAUGUAGAAAAGAUAAGACGCGCUAAUGUGCGCUAAAUCAAAAAUGGCUUUCGCAGUUUUACUGAUAUUUUGUGAGCUUGUAUACAAGACUGUGUGUAACAAUUCUUUAAAAAAUGUUUUUGCUGCGAGUAAUACAAUAUCUGGAAACUAAUAUUUGCGAUUUAAACAUAUCUUUGUAGUGGGAUAAACUGGUGUCAGGUCACUUUUGUAUAAUUUAAAACUUUGCUGUCUUCUGUGGUCUUUAACGGGCUUAUGUUUUUAAAUUUCAGACCUCACUGUUAAUUUCAUCCUCGCUGUAAGGGGAUCUAAACCAAUGUAGAAUACCAGACAAACUGGGGUGUCUCGUGGCAUAGCCCGUAGAGCGCUUUCCACAUGCUCAUUGGGAGCCGCGACGUCGGCAGUUCGAGUCCAACUGCCAACCUUUGUCGCACGUCUCUCCCUCUCAAUUCAAUUCAAUUCAAAAUGCUUUAUUGGUAUGACAAGAUACUACUUAUGUUGCCAAAGAACAUACGCCAUUGAACACAUGAACAUAUACAUGGACAUACAGUUUACAGACAUAUAGGCUUACACAAAUAGGCUCACUGGUUGUCCCUUUGUUUAUGGCAAGCUGUGAUGUAAUUUGCCGCUAGUCUGAUGCAUUUUUGUGUUCUCCUAAUAAAUAGGGGAGCUUUUGGUGGCCAUUUAGAGUUUCAAAUUCAGGGCAUAUUUUUGCAAAAUUCUGGUAGAAAUUUUCCCUUAUGUCCAGGUAUUUUCCCCGUGAGAAAGUGUAGCUCUGUCUCCACCACUCCCUGACUGCCAAGGUUUUUCUCUGUUUGCUAUCUGUCACUGUGGUCAGGUAGUCAACCAUGGUGUACAGUCUGUUUAGGGCCAAAUAGCAAUCAAGUUUAUUUUGGGUUUUUGUUAUUUUUUUCCAAUAGGUCAAAUAUUUUUAUUUUUGUUUCAUUAUAAUUGUGUUUGGUCGAAUUCUGUGAGCUAGGAGGAUGUCACUGUCCUGAGACUGACUAUUAUUAGUGGUGUUAGGAUUUUCUUCAGUGAGUCCCAGGACCAGUUGAUUGAGGGGACUCUUCUUUAUAUUCAUCUAUUGGCAUUUCAGGGCUUUGUAAUGAUAACAGUGGGGGUCACUCAUAUUUUAAGGGUUUUCAAAAUUUGAUGGGUCUUUUCUGAAUAUUAAUUAGUAGUGGAUACUAAUUAAUACCCUCUCUCUCCUCCUAGUUCUUCCUGUCUCUCUACACUCUACUGUCUAAUAAAGCUGGGAAAAAAAGAAUACCAGACAAACUAUUACUGUAAAAUCCGUUCCGUGUUCCUUUUUACAAUGGUGAGUUUAAAAUAACAAUUCAAAGUUAAAAAAAACAAAACAAAAUGAUGCUUUUUCAUAAAUUACGGUUCAGUGUACACAGACAUCCCAGAGUAGAAUAUUACUACUGUACUGUAAAUCAAAAAUCUGUCUCAACUGACUUACCUGAUCUGACUGUCAUUGACACUGCUGUAGAGAGAGCACUUCUGGUGUUUUUUUGGAUUGAAUGCCUCAGAUGUGAAAUAAAUGAUUCUACUCCCCAA